UCGACACUGAUCCGGAGUCAGCUCGAGCUUCUGUUCCGCUCUGUGGUCAGACCCCCCCCCCCCCCCGCACACUCACUUCCUCCAAGAGACGAGAAGAAAGAGAAAGACAGAAGACAGGAGGCACAGAAAGAAAGAAGGAAGCCAUUUUGGUUCAAGUGAGUCGUUUGCUUUCACAGGAAGAAGAAGGUCGUCUGUGCACAAGCAGGAAGAUCCACCCUGUGAGGGACGGAGGCUGAGACACUGUCUCUGGUUGGACGUCAGCUGGACAGAAGAGCGUCUUUCAGGGGACGACAGGAGGACGCAGGAUGAGCUCCGACAGAGUCCCGUCCAAGUCCGAGGUGAUGGGGUGGAGCCCCCAGCAGCUGGCAGACUUCAUGAAGAGGAUGAAUUUGUCCGGAUGUGACAAAACUGUGAUGAAGAAUUCAAUCAACGGAUCCAGGUUUGUGAAUCUGAGCAGUAACGAUCUGCAGAAGUUUCCUAAACUCCACGCUCCGAUGAUCGCCAAGAUCAGCAGUGAGAUCAGCAGGAAGGAGGAGAAACGAGGUUUAUUCCCUAAGAAGGCGACGCCCAAAUACAAGGAGCCAGAGACUCCUGCUGACGUUCAGGGUUGGGGUGAAGACGAGUUUGACGAUGAAGAGUUCGACGAUGACUACGAGAGUCCGAACAGCGGCGGCCAUGACAGCAGCAGCGACGACUACGAGUCUCCCAACGAUGACGUGGACGGAGCCAAUGACUACGAGCCGCCUCCCUCCGAGCCGCCGGAGGACCAUCACAAGCUGUGCCCCACCCUGCCCAUCGCAGACGGGGACUACAUCGAUAAAAGGGAUACCCACAUGUCGUCCAAAGGCCCGCCCCCUGCAGUAUGUGCCCGCCCCCCGGUCUCUUCCCUCGCUGCUCCUCGGACGCCGGGAGAGCCCUCCUCUAGAAGAGACGCCUCCCCCCACUGUGGAGGACCACCGUCAGGAAAAUUUCCUCCGGCGCCUCCUCAGAUCUUUCGUGCCUCCAAACCGGGAAGAGAGUCGAGGGACAGCUUCUCCCCCAUCAGAGGACCUCAGUCAACGGACAGGCCGAGCGCACAGUCCUGGAAGCCUCAGGCGAACGCCCAGGAUCCUCCUCCCUGGUCCAAACAUCCCGGUCUUCCUCCCCCCCCCUCCUCCUCCUCCUCCUCCUCCCCUGUCAGCAGGUCAAACUCCUCCCCCCGGCCGCCUCCCACCAGGUUUGAUACAAGAAGAGAUCAAACACAUGAUGAAGCUCCUAAACACAACACCUUCCCCCUCCACAGUAAGAGUCUGCCCCCCCGCCCUGGACUUCCUGCUCCCCCCUCUCGUCCCGGAGAAAGUGCGCCCCCUAGUGUUCACUCAGCAAGCUCUCUGCCUAACCAACUGCACCCAGCAAAGGAGAAACACAGAGGCAGCUUCGUUGGAUCGUUUCAUCCUCCACCAUCACACACACAGGAGCUGGACCCCAGCUGGUACGUGGGUAGAGUGACCAGAGGUCAGGCAGAGGGAAGUCUGAGACAAGUCAGCAAGGACGGAGCCUACCUGGUGAGGGACAGCACCCGGCAGAUGGACAACCAGCCCUUCACCCUGAUGGUCUUCUACCAGGACAAAGUCUACAACAUCCAGAUUCGACAGCACAACCAGAGCUUCCAGCUGGGGACCGGACUCAAAGUGCAGGAGUCUUUUCCAUCAGUGAGAGACAUCAUCGCUCAUUACUCUCAGUCUCCUCUGGUCCUCAUCAACGCCAAGAACCGAAACGCCAGUCAACAGAACCAGUGCCUCCUGUCGGACCCGGCCGGGGGCUACCUGACCAGGUCCUGACCGGGUCCUGACCGGGUCCUGACCGGCUCCUGACCGGCUCCUGACCGGGUCCUGACCGGA